AUGAAAACGAUACCUUUUUUCAAAGUUCUUCUUGUCGGCGAGACAGGAGUAGGAAAGUCUACCCUAAUUAACGUAUUGACUAAUUAUUUUCGCAAUGGUAGCCCUGAUAAUAUUAAAAUUGCUAUAAAAUCCAAAUAUUUCCAAAUCACUGAAGAAGACCUCGAACAUCCAUCCUCCGAAUUUAAUGUGAACGAUCAAACGAGCAGUCAGACAUCUGAAUGCUUUUCGUAUGAUUUCAAACAUCCAAUACGUCCUGAAUAUAAAUAUAGAUUUAUUGAUUCCCCAGUAUUUGUUGUUAAUGGAAGACAAGCUCGAUGUUCAGAAGUAAUAAAAAAUACAAUAAAUGGUUUCAACAAUUAUUUGCCAAGAUCUCUCUUGGAAAAUAAUCUUCUUUUAAUAAUUACUCAAACUAAAAAAUUUGGAGCAAUCUUCGAUCUAGACUUUUUUAAAAAGGAAGUAGCAAUACCAAAGUGGCGAUCUGAUUCGCAAUCAAAACUUGAAGUUGAACACAGUUGGGAAGUGUCACAAAAAACAAUUUUUGAUUUCUUGACUGCUAUUGAGAAAAGUGAAUUUAAGUCUACCAAAGACUUCCAAAAAAUAGCAGAACUUCAAAAGGACUUAAUUGCACAAAUUAGAAAAGCUAUCGGAGAAAUCAGCAAAAUUAAUAGUGCAAUUUUUCACCUUUUAAAUGCCAAAUACGAAUUUGAAAAAAACGAAAACAUCUUGGAAAAAGUGAUUAAAGAAGUGAAGGAAAAAUUUGAUAAGCAUUUUAAUAAAUCAAUUGAUUUAAAGGCGGAGGAAAAAAUGAAAUGGUCGGAUCUUGAAAUUCUAGAAAAGGGGAUUGAAUCAUGUUAUAACUGCAUUCAACAAGAUAUUGAAUCAUUAAAAAUCAUUAGCAAGUUUAAUUUUGAUAAAAGUUUACAAUCUGCCUUCGAUAAAUUAAAGAUUACAGCCGAGAAUGUCUCAGACGAAAAUAUCAGAAUAAAUCAACUUAAAAAGAUUUCUGAGAUUGAGGAAUUAAUUUAA